GGACAUACCUCAAAGAACUAGGAUUAGAGGUCCCAUUUGAUCCAGCUAGUCCCUCUGCUGGGUAUCUUUCCAAAAGGAUUAAAAGAGGGCGGGCGCGGCGACGUCCCCUGGAAGUGGAGCCCGGAACUUCCUCUCGUGCGUGAGGCGAGCGGAGCCGGAGACUCGACCAGAGGCCGAAUACUGGGUGUGGCAAGAUGCCUGGCCUGCCCCACAGGAUCAUCAAGGAAACUCAGUGUUUGCUGGCAGAACCCGUUCCUGGCAUUAAAGUGGAACCAGAUGAGAGCAACGCUCGUUAUUUUCAUGUGGUCAUUGCUGGUCCCCAGGAUUCCCCCUUUGAGGGAGGGACUUUUAAACUUGAACUAUUUCUUCCAGAAGAAUACCCAAUGGCAGCACGUAAAGUACGUUUCAUGACCAAAAUUUAUCAUCCUAAUGUAGACAAGUUGGGAAGAAUAUGUUUAGAUAUUUUGAAAGAUAAAUGGUCCCCAGCGCUGCAGAUCCGCACAGUUCUGCUCUCGAUCCAGGCUUUGUUAAGUGCUCGUAAUCCAGACCACCCAAACGAUGUAGCGGAACCGUGGAAGACCAAUGAAGCCCAAGCCAUAGAAACAGCUAGAGCAUGGACUAGGCUAUAUGGCAUGAAUAAUAUUUAAGUCGAUCCGAUCAUCAAGUUUGUGUCACUUGUCCUGUUCUGCCAAGACUUCUUCCUUUUUUGUUUGCAUUUAAUGGACACGGUCUUAGAAACAUUACAGAAUAAAAGCCCAGACAUUUUCAGUC